AGAUGGUGAUUUCCGGUUAGACUUCACAACAAUUAACUUAUCCUAGUCUGGACAGAGAUAUAAACAGAUAAUUCACCAGCUUUAUAUAGAAACUAUAAUCUCAUUUAUCUAAAAAAAAUAAUAAUUAUCAUAUCUUUAUGCGACUUAACUUUAUUAUAAUAUAUCAAUGUGAGCAGAUCUCCCGCUCGUGCUGUCAGUGUUUGUUUCAGGGAGAAAGAAAGAACUGACCAGAACCAACUUCCGGGGACGAAGCCAGAUAGCUAACUAUCUAUACCUGAGGGCAUAACAGAGUGUGCUGGUGCCUCACAUGCCGAAGCAUGUUGGCCUUGCCCUGGCUACGUUUAUUAGGAUCAUACCGCGGAAUCCAGUUCCCGCCAGAUGCCGCAGGUGGUGUGGGAUUUCAUGCAACUGAUACGUUAUGGACAGCGGAAUUAUUCAAGGGGGACCCACCGUUCGGCGUCCAGCCCUCUGCCCCGGGGAAGACCAUGUCCAGCACGGGACCUGGCCACGCUGGGUGCGGAGUAUGUGCACGCGCGGCUGACGGCCGCCUUACGAGCAGCAGAGACCAAUCAGACAGCGGACUGGGACAGCGAGCGACUCUUGUCAUGGAGGUGGCUAUCCGAUGUACGGCCCUCAACUGUUCUUGUGACUGUUUUAAGCCAGGUAAAAGAUAUCAACGGAUCUGUAGCGCCUGUUCUCACGGUUGGGUGUCUCAUGCACUGGAUAAAAUGGGUUUCCGUCAUAUUUAUAAUUGCCACCAAGUGGAGGUAGUCCAGCCGAGCGUUGCUUUCGAUAUAGCAUCAUUGAUGUUAUAUGGAACUCAAGCGAUCCCAAUCCGGUUGAAAAUUCCUCUCGACCGACUGUUUAGUGUACUGCAACACGAAGAAGUCCUGCACGUGUUACAUGGAUUUGGCUGGAAUUAUGAAGAUUAUGCUCGUGGUUACAUUCUCCAGGAUGCCACAGGGGCUGUACUAGACAGGUGGACACUGGCAAGCCGAGAAGAAGAACAAUUAAUUCUACAGCAGUUCCUUAGAUUCGGAGAAACUAAGUCUAUUGCUCAUCAAUUACUCCUGCAGGAGACCUGUGAAAAAGGAGACUAUAGCGUUCAGCCACCCAAGACGGAUUCUGACAUCAGAAAGUUCAUCGAGCGAACAAACAGGGUGGUCAGUUCAGACUUGUUUAAACAUAAUAGUUUCUCCCCGGUGACGACGAACAUGUCUUUCUCCCAUCCUUUCAGCAAGUCAAGUAUACCAUACCCUCCCUCUAGUGUCAGUUCCACUCAGUCUCUUUCACCUAGUGGAGGUUCUCCGUUAAACUCUAGCAGCCCUCUAGCAGUAUCGCCUUUAAACAAGCUCCAGAACAUGCAACCUUUCGAUUAUCGACGAGAGAAAAUAAGCCCAGAACCACGUAGCCACGACAUACCAUCAGCUCUUCCACUUACCCAAUCUACUCCGGUGACCUCCUCCACAACCUCCGUCCCGAACCUAUUGUCCGUUACAACAGCGCUCACAAAUCAUGUUCCAUCAGUCACAGUAACAUCUGAUUUUAGUGUUACUGAUGGCGGUUCUGAGGAAGAUAGUAACACAGUGAUGAACCUCAGUCAGCGAACCAGUCAUAGCUUGGAUUCUAUAUACGCUGCUAAGAAAGUGAAGCAUCUCCGUAAAUCCACUAAUCCUAUGAAGAGGAAAUGGAACCCACUGAUACUGAGCACCAUGGCAACUAAUCCCACCACUGGUAAGAAGCGUGUCCAGUGCCACGUGUGUUUCAAGACAUUCUGUGACAAGGGCGCCCUCAAGAUCCACUUCAGUGCAGUACAUCUUCGGGAAAUGCACAAAUGUACAGUAGAAGGAUGCAAUAUGAUGUUCAGUUCUCGAAGAAGUCGUAAUCGCCACAGUGCCAAUCCCAACCCCAAACUUCAUACACCAAACUGCAGAAGAAAGCUCAAACCCCAUGACGGUCGAUCUGCCCAUUUUCCGGUGCUUCCUCCUACAUCUCUCCUAAACUUCAACAACAAUAUGCUUCCAUCACCCACUGCUCCACUUCUCGAUAGCAAUACCUCGAAGAUGACAGACCAACCUCGAGUUAAUACUCCCUCACUUGGCAGUAUUUCAAGCCUUGUAUCUCCAUCAGGAAACCUCCCUGGUACCAAUUAUCAUAAUUCAGAAGAUUGUGCUCUUUCUCUGACAAAGAAAUCUCGAUUUGAUGAAGGCAUUCAAGGUAUUCACAUAACUAAUGGUUUAGAAAAUAUUGAACUAGCGCGGAAAGAUGAGUCUUCCUUCAAGAACAAAGGUUUUCACAAGAGAAAAAGUCAAAACCCUAUUAAGUGUGCUGUGACCAGCGAUGAUGACAUGCAAUAUGUUUCUACCGAUGAGUCUUCAACUGAUACUUUCAUUGACCAAGUUGACGACGAAAAUGGUCUUCUGGAGUCUAAGUCCGACGAUUAUACCUCAGAUUUCCAGUAUGAAUCAAAAUAUGAUGAUUUUGAUAAAGACGAGCAGACGACUGAAGAAGAGAAAAAAUGUGAUGAUCACAAGACAUUGAUGGACGAAGUCAGACAAAAUCAAGAACCAUCAGCUAAUGGAAAUGACGAGCAGGAAACUGCCACAGAUAUGACUAAAAAGAACACUACAGAGCAAACUGAUAUAAGUGAGAAUCCAUUGCGCCAUCUAGAAACUCUAUCCCUGGGGGCUUUUACAAGCAUGGUUUCAACAACACGAAAUGUUAUCAGCCAACAUUCUUUAUCUUCUAUUAGCGGAGUUUCAUUUCAUGCCCCUGGGUUGGGUCUUGCAGCACCCCAAAGAGCCAACAGUCCGCCUCGUCACAGCAACACCUCACCAUUGGAAGGUCCCACAACAUCCACGAAUUCUGUUGCACAUACAGUUCAAACAUUGACCACAGCUGACCAGGACUCGAAUCCUAACGACCAAGUUCCCUUGAUUUCGGUGUACCGGGACGCCUCUAUGGUAGGUUCUAUUGAAGUUCCGGUCGACAAGGAGAAUCCAAGAAGGUGUAUCGCUUGUGGGAAGAUAUUCCAGAACCAUUUUGGAGUGAAGACACACUAUCAAAAUGUGCAUCUCAAGCUGAUGCACAAAUGUACAGUUGAGGGUUGCAAUGCAGCAUUUCCUUCUAAACGUAGUCGAGACAGACAUAGUGCCAACCUUAAUCUUCAUCGGAAGUUACUUUCUACUAGCUCAGACAAAACUUCUCCUUUCCUGGAUAAGAACAACCUCUACCCAUUUCACCCAAGUGCGUUUAGAGAAGACAUAUUUUCCAGGUUCUAUGAUCCACAAGCUCUGCCACUGAGUUUUGCAGAUCUCUACCAUGGAAGAAUACCCACUUGUGGCCCUGAAGGAUUUUUAUCAAACCCUGCUUUUGCUAACCACUUAGGUGUUGGAGCGGCCCUUGGAGCUGUUCCUCCUUUUCAUCCCGCCUUCAUGGCCCCAGUAACUACAACAAAUACCUCAAUGUCAGAGGGUUUUGUUGGAUUAAGUGGAGCUAGUGGGCGAGAAACUCCCAGUAGUUCACUGACUACUUCCCCCAGUCCUCAACCCCAAACCCCUAAAUCAAAUAUACAAAACCACUCCUCCAUACGUUUGGAUGAAGAACUGUUUCCGGAUCCAAAAGGGAAGUUUUUUUGUGUGUUUUGUCAGAAGACUUAUCACGAAGCAAUGAUGCUCAGAGAACAUUAUGAAAAAUAUCACUCAGAAGACUUAUUAAUAUGUAAUGUAGAUGGUUGUGGUAAAGCUUUUCUUUCCAAAAAGGCUAUGAACUCUCACAGCAAAGAUGACAAUGUACACAUGCAUAGCAGAGAUAGACCACACGCGAUUUCUUAAAUGAUUAAGACUUACAGAAUCCUAAGUUGUCGAACAGUUGUUGGUAUUGUUAAAACUGUGAUGACAUAUGGUAUAUAUAUGAGACAACAAAUGUACAUUUAGGGGUUCUAUGAGAUGUAUAGAUGUUGUGACGUUCUCCGUUGCAACUAAUGUUGCAGAAACAAGAUUUUCUAUAGUGUAGUACAUAUCUCAUAGUAGCCCCAUUAGCACUUCGUAAAGAAAAAACUGUGAAUUACAUGAGCAUAUUACUAUUACAGGGCCCAUGUGACGAAAAGGGGGCUUAAAAUAUAGGUUGUUUGUGUACACUAAGUCAGACUAUAGAGAUCCUAAGUGAAAAAUAUCCAUGCAUAUUAUUCUCUUCAUAACACUUUAUUGUAUAUAGAUUUUCUUUCGAUCAGGAUCUUACAGUUUCUAGUUAUAGAUGGACAGAUUUUUUUCUUCCAUGUUACAUGUAUUUUAUUCCUGUUCUCGUAUUUGAUCUGAAGUUUAUAUAGAUGUUUGUGGUUCAUUCUUGGGUGUAUGGUUGAAUACUAUUUGUCAUUAUAUACACACUCUCUGUUUCUGCUUUCUCAGCGUCGUAUUUUUCAUUAAAUAUUACACUUCUUACUCUUGUGAAAGUAAUACAGAAGGAUUUCUUAUAUUUACUAGAUAUAUAUCGUGUUAUGGGCUUCUGCUCAAAACCUGCAAUGGAUGAUCUUCCAAACAAAGGUUCAGAAUUACAACUUUCUUAAGGUAUUCAGGAGUUUUAUAUUGCCUUCCUUCUCGGUGGGAAAAACAUUAGUUUUCAGUUAGCUUUUCUUUAUCAUGGUUAGAAACGUGAUAUUUAUUGAAAUGUGAUUUUCUUUGAAGUGUGAAUCUUGAAACUUAUUAUUCAUUCAGUCAUAUUAUGUAGUGUUCUUAUUACACGUAAUUUUCCCUUUUCAUUUUCAAUUGCUGAUAGGUUAAUAAUAAUAAAUGAAAUCGUUCAAUUAUAUUACGGGCAAACAGCAACAAGGUUGAAUGUGUAUAUAUAGUUGGAGUCUUUCAAGGUUCUUUAAAUGUCUGCCCGGUUUUGGAAAUUUUUUUUCUUGACAGUUUAUAACUGUUUAUGUGGGACUAAAGGUGUUCCAUGCAGACCUAUGAAUGAAAUAUUCAUUCCUUUAGAGUUUGUUCAGCGUAAUUUAAGUUAUUAAUAUACCCAAAGCUUAAGACGCCCUCUUUCUUUCCACAUAGAGAGAGAGAAAAGGUUUAAUGUAAGUGUUUAUAUUUUGUGGGCUUGAGUACGUCUACAGUGUCUGUUCAAGAAAA